AUGGCCUUGAUGGUCAAAAACAAAUUAGGGCUCAUUGAUGGAACGAUCAAGAAGCCAAGCGAUGAACAGAUUGAAGAACUACAACAAUGGAACCGAUGCAUCAACCUGGUGAAAACGUGGCUGCUUAGUUCCAUGUCCAAUGAGAUAUCGGGAAGCGUCAUACACUGCAAGGAUGCACGGCAGAUGUGGCUCGACCUGCAAGAUAGGUUUUCUCAUGUGAACAUCGUUCAAUUAUUUCAUAUAGAGAACGAAAUCCAUGACUGUGUGCAAAGUAAUAUGACAGUAAGCUCUUAUUUUACUAAACUUAAGAGUCUUUGGGAUGAACGUGAUGUCUUGUGUUCAAUCCCGGCAUGCCGUUGUGAGAUGAAGAAAGAGAUAGCGUCGUAUGUCGAAACUCAGAAAACGAUAAAGUUCCUCAUGGGCUUGAAUGACUCAUAUGCUACGGUUCGUAGCAACACUAUAUUGCUAGAGCCACUGCCCACAAUAAACAAAGCAUAUGCACUUGUCCUUCGACAUGAGAAACAAGCUGGAGUCUCGAGUGGAAAGAACAUUAUCCAACCAGAAGAAGCUUUGUUUGCUGUGAAGGGCGUUGGUCGAGAAACUAAGUCCGACGAUGAUGGGCAACGCUGUGGAAAGUGCUACAAGAUAAACCACAAUACAAAGAUUUUUCGUGCUCAUCUUAAAUGCACUUUUUGUGGUGGGAAAGGUCACACCUUUGACUUCUGUCACAAGAGAAAAACAGCUGCUGAAAAUGAGUCAAGUUGUUCCUUUUCUUCCAAAGGGAAUCAUGUUCCAUCACAUGACAAAAAUGAGGUGAUGCCUAGCUUUCCUUCUUCUCAGGAAGAUUGUAGGAAAAUUCUUCAAAUGUUGAACAAAAACAAGUCUUCCUUUGCCAAUCAAGUCGGUAAUUCCUCACAUGUUAAAGAGCUUUCAGGUAAAGCUUUCUCUUUUACAUAUAAUGGCAAAAAAGAUGUUUGGAUCCUGGAUAGUGGUGUUACGGACCACAUUGUUUGUAGUCUUGAUCUUCUCACGCAUUCAAGGCCAGUUGCGAAUCACAUUGUUGAAUUACCAAAUGGUUCGUUUGCCAAAGUCACCCACAUUGGACAAAUAAUCUUCUCACCCAAUCUCAUUCUUGAUAAUGUUUUAUGCAUACCACCUUUUAGGUUAAAUUUGAUAUCCAUUAGCAAGUUAGCAUAUGACUCAUUCUACAUCACCAUUGUUUUAAACCAUUACAGGACCUAUGCUCAGGGAAGAUGA